UGGCUCGGAGGCUGAGGAGGACCGUGGACCAGAGCGCAGAAGAAGAAGCAGCAGCAUCAGAAGAAGAGGAAGAAGAAGAAGAAGAAGAAAAAGAGGAAGGGUCAUCAUCCGAUACUUGCUCUUCACUGACAGCCGCUCAGGAUUUCAGGCAUUCUUUUCCCUCACCUUCUUUGGCCUGACUGACCCACCAGCCCACCACCAUGAACUACCUCCGCCGGCGCCUGUCAGACAGCAGCUUUGUGGCUAACCUCCCAAACGGCUACAUGAUGGAUUUGCAGAGGCCGACCCCUCCAGGUUCGUCCACCUCCUCUCCCGCCUCCCCAGCUACAGAGAGGCGGCAGCCCCCGAGCCUCCCAAAUCAGACCCAGAGUUCGGGUACUGCCCCAGCCCCGGCCCCGGCCCCGACCCAGACCCCAGCCCCAGCCCCAGCUCCAGCUCCGGCUCCAGCCCCAGCCCCAGCCCCAAGCUUUGGCUCAGCUGCAGGCGCAGGCGGCUUCCUCAGCUCCUUCUCCAGCGUGGUGAAGAGUGCCCAGAUGGCCCAGAACGUUGCUGCAGCCGUGCACGCCAAGUCUGCGGCAACAGCUGCCGAAGGAGGCUCAACAGGAAGCAGCCAGCCAGCUAAACCUGUUGUACGCAAACCCAAGAUCCUGCUGGUCAUAGACGAUCAGCACACAGACUGGGCUAAGUACUUUCGAGGGAAGAAGCUGAAUGGAGAGUAUGAGAUCCGGGUGGAGCAGGCUGAGUUCACAGAGAUUAACCUGGCCUCCUACGUGAACUCUGGAUGUAUGGUGGACAUGCAGGUCAACAAGGGUGGCUCCAAAGUGGUCAGAUCUUUCAAGCCAGACUUCGUCCUGAUUCGUCAACACGCCUACAGCAUGAUCCCCGGCGAGGACUUCAGGAACCUUGUGAUCGGCAUGCACUUUGGCGGCGUCCCGAGCAUCAACUCUCUCUAUUCCAUCUACAACUUCUGCAGCAAACCCUGGGUGUUUUCUCAGAUGAUCAAGCUCUACCACUCCCUGGGUCCAGAGAAAUUCCCCCUGAAUGAACAAACCUUCUAUCCCAACCACAUGCAGAUGGUCACAUCCCCUACCUACCCUGUGGUGGUCAAGAUGGGACACGCCCACGCUGGCAUGGGAAAGAUCAAAGUUGAAAACCAACAGGACUUUCAGGACAUCACCAGCGUGGUGGCCCUGGCCGGGACCUACGCCACCACCGAACCCUACGUGCAGUCCAAGUACGACAUCCGCAUCCAGAAGAUCGGCAACAACUACAAGGCUUACAUGAGGACGUCCAUCUCUGGGAACUGGAAGGCUAACACGGGCUCUGCCAUGUUGGAACAGAUCGCCAUGACUGACAGAUAUCGGAUGUGGGUGGACUCCUGCUCUGAGAUGUUUGGUGGCUUGGAUAUCUGUGCAGUGAAGGCUGUCCAUGGAAAAGACGGCAACGACUAUAUCAUUGAGGUGAUGGACAGCUCCAUGCCUCUGAUUGGUGAACACGUGGAGGAAGAUAGACAGCUGAUCACAGAGCUCAUCAUCAACAAGAUGGCCAAGGAGCUGCUGGGAGUUUCUACACCUCAGCCUUCCUCUGUUAAGACUACACAACCCAGACGAGGGGGACAGCGCUCUGCAUCUGCCUCUCCAUCCCAGUCAGCCCAGGGUUCACCUCAGAGAGCCCGGUCAGCCUCCACCUCACCCAGCCAGGCUUUCCAGCCGGGUCCCAUCCCAGCCACCUCUGGGCCUGGAGCUCAGAAACAGUCACCACAGCUGAACAAAUCCCAGUCGUUGACCAACACCUUCACAGAGACAUUAAGAGGAAGCCUGACUGAUGAUGAGGCCAAAGCUGAGACCAUCCGCAGCCUCCGACAGUCCUUCGCCAGUCUCUUCUCUGACUAGACACCCUCCAGAAGCUUCAUCUGUCUGUCAAAUGUCAGGUUUGAGGAAGCAACAACAAAAAAAACAAACCCUGACUGGUAAAUCUA